AUGGCGUCCGUACUGAAUACGGUGUCGUCCAUUAGAUUAUCGAAACUCAACGCCAGCCGAGUUCGAACUCAGUCCAAUUUGGCGCCGAUUUCUGUUUCGUUUACCAGAAGAAGGCUUACGGUUAGGGCUGCGGAGACCGAUACAAACGAAGCUGUUGAACCUCAGGUACCCGAUAAGGCACCGGCUAAGAAUGGUUCGAGCUUCAAUCAGCUUCUUGGUAUUAAAGGAGCUUCUCAAGAAACUAAUAAAUGGAAGAUUCGUCUUCAGUUGACAAAGCCUGUAACUUGGCCUCCCCUGGUAUGGGGAGUAGUUUGCGGAGCUGCUGCUUCUGGAAAUUUUCAUUGGACUUUUGAGGAUGUUGCCAAAUCAAUAGUUUGCAUGUGUAUGUCUGGCCCUUUUCUCACUGGCUAUACCCAGACACUAAAUGAUUGGUAUGACCGAGAAAUUGAUGCAAUUAAUGAACCAUAUCGUCCAAUUCCCUCGGGGGCAAUAUCUGAGAAUGAGGUCAUUACUCAAAUCUGGGUGCUGCUUUUAGGAGGCCUUAGCUGUGCUGGUGUAUUAGAUGUGUGGGCAGGACAUAAGUUCCCCAUAGUUUUCUACCUUGCUUUGGGUGGAUCCUUUCUAUCAUACAUUUACUCCGCUCCACCUUUAAAGCUGAAACAAAAUGGAUGGAUUGGAAAUUUUGCCCUUGGAGCAAGUUAUAUCAGUUUGCCAUGGUGGGCUGGUCAGGCAUUAUUUGGGACCCUUACACCUGACAUAAUUGUCCUCACACUCUUGUACAGCAUAGCUGGGUUGGGAAUUGCUAUUGUAAAUGACUUCAAAAGUGUUGAAGGAGAUAGAGCAAUGGGACUUCAGUCACUCCCUGUAGCUUUCGGUUCGGAAACUGCCAAAUGGAUUUGCGUUGGCGCCAUUGACAUCACUCAGUUAUCAAUCGCUGGUUAUCUGCUAGGGGCUGGUAAACCAUAUUAUGCUUUAGCUCUCGUUGCUUUGAUAGCUCCCCAAGUCUUUUUUCAGUUCAAGUACUUUCUCAAAGACCCUGUCAAGUAUGAUGUUAAAUAUCAGGCCAGCGCGCAGCCGUUUCUAGUGCUUGGUCUUUUGGUAACAGCAUUAGCGGUGAGUCAUUGA